ACCCUCCUUAUUCCACAAUUCAUGUAUGAAUGACAACCAGUAGGCUACGGCGAAAGCAGAAAUUCCUAUUUCAAGUGUGACCCACAUAAUGACGAAGGAUGGAAGUGGUUGGGCUUAUUUGAACAUACAUUUUUAGAGUGCGCUACUACCAGUGCCUGUUUUACUGCGAAAACACACUGCUAAACCAGCGAGAAGAGAGGAAGGAGGGAGUGUCUAUUUCUCGGGUGGAUUAUUGCACUGAAGCUUCUCUCUCCAUCUCUCAGCCUUCCCAGCAAAGACGCAGACGGAGAGAAUAUCUGGGAGAAAUCGGACAGCGUGAGGAUAGAAAAGACCUAGUCUGAGCCAGUAGUAAACUCCAGUGGAAGAGCCUCUGCCUGGGCUUUGCGGGACCUUACUUUACCCUCUAUCUUUCCACCUGGGUCACUGGAUCUCCUGACAACACCACUUUCGUAGCUCUUCCCCAAGACACGGCUCUAUACCCCGGGGUGCUAACCCUGUCCAUCUCCCUCUGGUUCCCUGGACCCACUUCACCCUCACCUCUCCCCCAGCAACCCUUCCCUUCCCUGGGCUGAGAUAGAGAUGUCUGUGCCCUCGGCCCAUGAGUUUCACUGGCAGAGCCUGGCACGGCUGCCCAGCGGGCGUGUCUACCACUCCCUGGCGGAGGUGGGGGGGCAGAUGUACAUGCUGGGGGGCUGUGAUGCUGCAGGGAGGCCCUCCCCAGCCUUAGAACUCUACUCUCCAGAGGGGGACCGGUGGCUGAGCCUUCCCCCCAUGCCCACCCCUCGGGCAGGUACAGCCGUGGCGGUGCUGGGCAAGCAGAUCCUGGUGGUGGGCGGUGUAGGGGAUGACCAGCGCCCUCUGAAGGUGGUGGAGGUGUACAACACAGAGGAGGGGAGGUGGAGGAAGAGGAGCGCCCUCAGAGAAGCACUGAUGGGGGUGGCCAUCAUUGUGAAAGAUGGACGUGCGUUGGCUGUAGGGGGUAUGGGUGCAGACCUGCUCCCCCGUAGUAUACUGCAGCAGUAUGACAUGAGAAAGGACGUGUGGGCACUACUGCCCCCUAUGCCCACACCGCGGUAUGACGCUACCGCACACCUGCUGGGCAACAAGAUCUACGUGGCAGGUGGGCGUCAGUGUAAACGCACGUUGAAGGUCUUCGAGGUAUACGACUCAGAGACACGCUCCUGGACUACACUACCCAACAUGCCGUGUAAACGUUCGUACGGGGGCAUGUUCUGGGACAGUUCGGGGAGGCUGUGUCUGCUGGGGGGGCUGAGGAAGGGAGGAGGCCACCAGAGCUCCAAAUUCACCAAGAACGUCAACAUCUUUGAUACUAACCAGGGGUCAUGGCUGAAGUCAGAGGACACGGUGGCCAUGAAGACUAAGAGGGCUGACUUCGCCUCUGCUUUCCUCAGGGGCAGGAUGGUUGUAGCAGGAGGACUUGGUCACCAACCCUCAGUUCUCGACACGGUGGAAGCCUUCCACCCUCAGAAGAGGAAGUGGGAGAGACUGGUUCCUAUGGCAAUGCCACGAUGCUCCGCCUCCUCCAUCGUCAUCAGGGACCGCCUGCUGGUGGUUGGAGGAGUUAACCAGGUCCCUAGUUCAGCCCAUGAGAUCCUGUACGUAAAAGAGGAGGAGUGUCUGUAGGCUCAAGGACAUGCCCCUUACAUGAUGAUUGACAGCAGGAUGACAGCAAGAAGAUUCAUGGAACAUUCUAUUCAAGAUCAGUGGCUCCAGUGCUUUCAGAACGGCUGUUGGUCUUGGACAAGUGCAAUAUUUUCCAAAGAUCUACAGCAGAAUAGUAAGGAAGGGGAAGUCAUGCCACAAACACAGAACAUUGCUCUCUGCUGGGUUGUCUAUACACACUCAAACAAACACAGAUUAGAUCCCACACACAGAAUUGAUCCCAAUAAUAAUCAUACUGACUCACAGCAUCCAAAUAUACUCUACACAGACGAGGAGCUGGCUUUCUCUGUAAAUAAGUUAUAUAUACGAGUUUUAGUAAUGAGAAGAUUCCUCUGCACUGUGUGUGUGAUAUCCCUUUAGGGCAAGGCUCGCCAACCCUGGUCCUGGAGAUCUACCAUCCUAUAGGUUCACAACCUACAGGACAGUAGCUCUCCAGGAACAAGGUUGGUGUGAACCUACAGGACGGUAGAUCUCCAGGAACAGGGUUGGUG